GGUGUCAGCGGGGAGUCAUGAAGAGGAGUGGCACACCAGUGUGGGACAGAAGGAGCUACAGGCCCCCUCCCACAUUAAAGAGGAGCAGCUUCAUGAUGAAGAUGAAGCUCAGUCCUUACAGCUUCAUCACAGUCAAAGUGAGGAGAACAGAGGGGCGGAGCUUGUAAGUCAACACAUCACAGAAGCUGAUGGAGAGCAUUGUGAAGAUAUCAAGUCAGAACCAGACAGCAUCUUUGCUCCACUGUCAGACAUGGACCACAUGAUGUCACACUCUUCUGAUCACAGUGACCACAUCCAAAAACCUUUGGAGAGUAAAAAUGAGUCUAAAGGUGAUACGAGACAUCACACUAACAACAAACACUUUGACUGCUCUGAAUGUGGGAAAUCAUUUAGACUGAAGAGUGAUUGUACAAGACACAUGAGAACACAUACUGGAGAGAAACCUUUUACUUGCUCUGUUUGUAAGAAGAGUUUCUCCAGAAAGGGUGUCAUGACCAGACACAUGAGGAGGACACACACUGGAGAGAAACCUUUUGCCUGCUCAGCUUGUGCUAAAAGAUUCAACACUAAGUAUGCAAUGACCACACACAUGAGAACACACACAGGUGAGAAACCUUUUACUUGCUUUGUUUGUAAGAAGAGUUUCUCCAAAAAGGAACACAUGGCCACACAUAUGAGAACACACACUGGAGAGAAACCUUUUGCUUGCUCAGCUUGUGCUAAAAGAUUCAUCACGAAGAAGGAAAUUAUAUUGCACAUGAGAACACACACACGUGAGAAACCUUUUACUUGCUCUGUUUGUAAGAAGAGUUUCUCCAGAAAGGGUGACAUGACCACACACAUGAGAACACACACUGGAAAGAAACCUUUUGCUUGCUCAGCUUGUGCUAAAAGAUUUAACACUAACAAUGACAUGAUAGUACACAUGAGAACACACACAGGUGAGAAACCGUUUACUUGCCCUGUUUGUAAGAAGAGUUUCUCCAGAAAGGAAUGCAUGACCACACACAUGAAAACACACACUGGAGAGAAACCUUUUGCUUGCUCAGCUUGUGCUAAACGAUUCAACACCAAGUAUGACAUGAUAUUACAUAUGAGAACACACACAGCCGACUUGCUUCCUCUCGUCGAAACCAGGAAGUAUCCUUCGGCCCGUUCAAUCCCGGGUUGGGGUUGA